GAAACCAAGAGGGGGACGGACUGAGAGGGAGAGAGGGCAGCGAGCAUCGGAGACAGGGAAAGUAGAUGAGAGGUAGAAGUAAAGAAGGAAACUGAAGGAGUCAGGAGAGGAAGACAGAGGAGAGCGAAAGGAAAAAAAAGAGAGAGAGAGAGAGAGAAAGAGACGACAGCUCAGCAAAUCAGCUCAGUGGCAUUCCUCUCACAGCUGCAGCAGCGAUCCAGACCAGGGAGGGAGAAGUUUAGCUCACAGGGAAAAGAUACUUAUAUACGAGAAAUAACACUCAGACUUCUUUUCUCCCUGGGUCCAAGAAAUCUGAAGAUUCCCUGAAGAGGACAGGGAAUAAGCUGAGAAGAAGAGGAACCAGAGCGCUUCUGCAGCCUCCGAGUGUCCUGCAGGGGAAAGAUGGAUUCAGACUCUGGUGAGCAGAGUGACGGAGAGCUCUCUCCAGGACAGGAGAGCUUUAACUCCCGCUCUCUUGCCAUGCAAGCCCAGAAGAAGAUCCUGAGCAAGAUGGCGACCAUGGUGGUGGCCAACAUGCUGACAGACGACACAAGCAGCGAGAUCCUGGAUGAGCUCUACAAGGCCAGCCGGGAGUUCACCAAGAGCAAGAAGGAGGCCCACAAGAUCAUCAAGGACGUCAUCAAAAUCGCCCUGAAGAUCGGCAUCUUAUACCGCAACCACCAGUUCAGCCCCGACGAGCUGGACACAGUGGAGCGCUUCAAGAAGAAGAUGAACCAGGCGGCCAUGACGGCGGUGUCGUUUUACGAGGUGGAGUACACCUUCGACAGGAAUAUUCUGUCAGAGCUGCUGCUGGAGUGCAGGGACCUCCUUCACACUCUGGUCGAGCAGCACCUGACCGCGCGCUCGCACGCACGCAUCGACCACGUUUUCAACCAUUUCGCCCACGGGGAGUUCCUGGCCGAACUCUACGGGGACGGAGAGGAGUACAGACUCUCUCUGAGGAAGAUCUGCAAUGGCAUCAACAAACUGCUGGACGAAGGAACGCUUUAACCUCCUGCACUUGACCUCCUUUCGCCCAUUGCUCCCUGUCUUGCUGGUCCCUCCUGCCUCUUCUAUUUCCUUUUCAAUUGCGCACCCCCCGACCCCUACAUCCGCCACCUUCUCACUGCUCCCGUCUUCCUGUUUCUUCUGCAUCCAUUUCCACCGAGGUUGCUGUAACAUCCUGCUGCUGUGGUUCAAUGAGGGACUUUUCUUAGACUGUCUCUCCACUCAGAGGAUCAUCGCCGCGCACUAAGACAACCUGUUUCACAUUGUAUGCCUUGUACGUCCCCUUUCGUGUGCAAAAGUGUACUGUACCAAUUGCCAAAAAAAAAAAAAAAACACAUACAGUAAGUACAUUUGGAUAUGGAAGAUAAUCAGUAGUAAUCAGUCUUCGUCUCUUUUUGUGUGCGUCUGUGCGUGUGUGUUUUUUAUGGGAUCCGCCUGAAUAAUGUUGCGUUGUGUUUGUACAUAAGACCAACUAUGACAUGCUGUGUGUAUUAUGUAUCUGUGUCAGUCUUCUCUACAAGGGUGUAACACUUGACUUUUAUUAAAGAUUUCUUUAAAUCA